UUGAGAAACUUCUCGACGUGGAGAAUUGAUCUUUUUGCGACAGCACUCAAGGCAGGAACACUCUUACGGCAAACGCUCCGCCCCAAAGACCAUGGAUUCCAUUGACGAGGCCCAAUAGGACAAGACCAACAUGUAUAUUCACCGUGAUGUGCUACAACGUGCUGUGCGACAAAUACGCGACGCGGCAGAUGUACGGCUACUGCCCGAGCUGGGCGCUGGACUGGGAAUACCGGAAGAAGGGGAUCCUCGACGAGAUACGGCACUACGCCGCGGACAUCAUCAGCCUGCAGGAGGUCGAGACGGACCAAUUCUACAACUUCUUCCUGCCGGAGCUCAAGCACGACGGCUACGACGGCAUAUUCUCACCCAAGUCUCGCGCGAAAACGAUGGCGGAGAACGACCGCAAGUACGUCGACGGCUGCGCGAUUUUUUACAGAACCGCCAAAUUUUCUUUGAUAAAGGAGCAUUUAGUGGAAUUCAAUCAAUUGGCGAUGGCGAACGCGGAGGGUUCGGACAACAUGUUGAAUCGUGUUAUGCCCAAAGACAACAUCGGACUGGCUGCAUUACUUAGGACUAAGGAAGCUGCUUGGGAUAACGGUGUUCCAUCUGAUCCGGCACAAGUGCAACAACCAAUUUUAGUUUGUACGGCGCACAUUCAUUGGGAUCCCGAAUUCUGCGAUGUAAAACUGAUACAGACGAUGAUGCUGAGCAAUGAAUUACGUUCCAUUUUGGACCAAGCUGGCCAGUCGUUCAGACCCGGCCACAAGCCUGACUCUUCCAACGUUCAACUGCUGCUUUGUGGCGACUUCAAUUCUUUACCUGAUUCUGGUGUGAUCGAGUUUCUUACAUCUGGACGCGUGGCGGCCGAUCAUCGUGAUUUUAAGGAUCUAGCAUACAAGUCGUGUUUACAAAAGAUCUCUGGCUGCGAUAAACCCAACGAAUUCACGCAUUCUUUCAAGCUUGCAUCCGCCUAUAGCGAGGAUAUCAUGCCCUAUACCAAUUACACAUUCGAAUUUAAGGGAAUAAUAGAUUACAUUUUCUAUUCGAAACAAAGUAUGGUGCCGCUGGGCCUCCUGGGUCCAUUGAGCCCAGAAUGGUUUAAAGAAGCUAAAGUGGUAGGAUGUCCUCAUCCCCAUGUUCCAUCGGAUCACUUUCCUCUGUUAGUGGAAUUAGAGAUGACACCGACAGUAGGAACAAGCAACGGUUUGAUCUCACGCAGGUAGCAGCCGCUGCGAUCUAGGCCCAAGUAACCGUAAGAAGACGAGAAAUCAGUAACGAAGAUAAAAAGGGGGGGAAAAUGGAUUUGCAUCACUUCUUCUCUACUUCUGGCUCUAGCAAUAUCACUCGCAUUACUCUUACUACAAUAGCGAAUGCAAAUGUUACACACGUACACAUACAAAUACUCCAUACAUUGCCGCACAUUCAACCAACAGCGAUCGCUCGCUGUCAACGAGGUACCGACGAACAUACAAUUCUAACGACCAGGUGAAGGGAGCCGUGUUGUAAUGCGUUUAGCUAGCCCAUGUAUAGUGUAUUGCAUUUUUAAGAGCUAUCUUACUCCCACACGCCUAAAGAUUAUUGUAACCUCUCUACUUACCAUCGUAAUAUGUGUAGAUACCUAUUUUCCUACAAAAAAAAAGUAAAGAAAAUGAAAACGACGAUAUUCCGAUCAAGAAGCCUCUGUGAUAUCGACAUUUAACACAAUUGGAACAAAUUCACACAUUUAUUAGUAAAUGAAACUAGUAGUGAUGUACUAGAGAGAGAGAGAGAGAGAAAGAAAGCGAGAGAGAGACAUACCUUAAAGAAAAUCUCCCUUCGCCCCUUCCUAAAUGUCAUUACAACAUUCUCCAAGCCAACCUUUUGAUAAGAAUGCUGCCAUCCACACAAUGAGAAAAAAAAGAAAAAAAUUGUAUUUUUAAACAAAACGAGAACAAAAAAGAUAAUGAAAACAUACAUGCUAUACUGGGCUGUGCGAAGUGAUUGGAGUGAUCGACUUAAAACAAUUUCAAUGCAAGUACAAAUCUGUUCUUAUUGGCCACGUAUAUAUUGAUAUAAUAUGGUAAUGUUAUAUAAGGAGAACAAGAAAACAUAUAUAGAUGAUAUUGUAGCGGGUGUAUUUGUAAGUAUGAUAUAAUGUAAUGAUGUUCAUCAUACUCGUUUGUCAUAACGUCAAGUGAGAUAUCAGUUCUACAUUCACACAUUUUAGGUAUCCGUUUGGGUCUGAUUAUUAAUGUACAUGUGCUCUAUAUUACAAAUCUACUACUUGUUAAUUCAGUUGCCUCCGGAGGAACACGAGGGAAUAUUUUUUUUUUUUUUUUUUUCAUACAUUCGCGCGCGAACGUCUUCGCGUUCUUUCCGCCACUGCAUUUCUAUUCGCAUGACAUCUUGCUUAUCCUUAGGCGCAGCUACCAAAAAGAAAAAAUUGGUAGACUCUAAUUAUUUUAGUUACCGUUAGAAAAUUUAUUAGCAGUUUUUAACAAUAUUGUAAAAUAGUCAAUAUUUUGACUGCAUGAUCGCAGUGCAAACGUACUUGCACGUUAAAUGUCUCUUUCCGGAUUGAUCGAAACUUAAUUUGCAAUUUUUAUUCUUUAUCGAUUUAUUUAAUGCAAAUGAUUAAAACGUGCAAUCAAUAUUUACAACACUUUACACAGAUAUACACUGAUUCACUAAAAAGUUUUAUCGAAAUAAGGAGAACUUUUUUUAUAUUGCUGUAUGUAAUCUAUUCUUCUAAUUAUUCUUCUAAUCUAAUUUUAUUUCUCACAGCAAUAAUAUAUUAUCCAUAUAUUAAGAAUUAUGUAGAUAUAAUUUUUUUAUGUAUGUGUUGUAAAUAUGACAAUGGGAUUUUGCAAUUAAUAUAUAGCUUCAUUUUUGCUUUAAAGAACACAUAAUGGAAAUUUAUAUUAAAUAAUUUAAUAUGAUACAUAUAUUUGUAUUCUGUAACCGCGUUACAGAAAUGAAUAUCGUGCUUUGUAUACCAUUUCAUAAUUCUUUCUUUUUCAAAAUUAUUUACCAAGAUGCAAAAAUACUUAAAUUUUUCGUCUGUCAAUUGUAUAUGCGCAGAUCUCGUAAAAAUAUUUUUUAAGUUUUUAUAAUGUGCGAUAAACAAUGUAAUUAUAGUCGCGUUAAUUCAUAAAGCAGGAUAACAUCAACGUGAACGGUACCGAAUACGUUCGGAAAGAUACGUAAGUUCAUGCACAAAUUACUAUUCGUAAAUGAGUAUCUUAUGAAUAUUGUAGUAUAGUAAAUUGAUCUCGUUAUAUACGCGGCACAAUCGAUGACUAAAACAUAAAAAAUUUUCCAUUUAAAAGAGCGAAGGGGUUUUAGUUUAUACAUUAAUUCGAGAUUCCAACAACUGAAUUAUACAAGUAAAAGAUUAGUUUAUCAAAGACAUGUGUGUAGUAAAUGUUGUAUAAAGUAGAUAAUUAUGCUAUAGUUUUAAUUAUCUCGAGAAAAGAGGCGGCAUAUCUCUUUGGUAUUUGUAUAUUUCUUUGUAUUAUGCAUGCUUUCACAUGGCAAGCGAAUGAUGUGAUGUAUUAAAAUCAAUUGCCGGCUGCUCUGGGCCUAAUUUAAAACCGUCGGAACAAAGUUGAACGAGGGGAUGAGAGAUGGCGGAUUUUUCUCCGAUAUAAUAAUAUAACGAUGAAAAUAUCUGGAUAAUCUUCUAAUUUCUGCUAUCUUAAAAAAAAGGAGGAAAAGAACAAGUACGAUAAUGAUCAUUUUUAACUCGCUCCUCUUUUAAUAUUAUGAUGUAUCACGUAGCAAAAGAAAAUUAGUACAAUUCGUAAUGUCUUAACUAGUGUAUCAAGUGUGGAAAUGUAUUUUGCAGCAUGAAAGUACCUAUGUUUCUUUCGCGGUAAAUGGUAUCUUUCGUGGCGGAUUUGGCGAUCAUUAACGCGUGAAAAUUCUUCGGAUUAGAAGCGAUUUCUUUGCAAAAAAAUUUAUUCCUCCAAUAAAUUACAGGACACAACGCGAGAAGCGGCUGUGAAAACCAAUAAUUUUACCAGCAGUAUUCGAGAUCGCAUGGGUAUUUUCAUCGCUUCGUCCGUAAAAGAUUACUCUCUGUAAUUAUCUCCUAAUCUACUCUAGCAAAGAAAAAAGAAAACGGAAAAAAACAUGGGUGUAUACGUUGUAUUGAUCGCUAUUCAAUUCUUUUUAAAUACGUGGAUACACGGAUUGCGUUUUUAGGGUAAAUGUAAUGAUUAAUUGUAAUAUGUGCGAAUAGGAAAGCAAGCGUUGGGACUUUGUCCGAUUGGUCGCCGACGAGUAAAUAAAAUCGUUUACGUAAAAUGAUAAAAAAAAAAAUAAGAAGAGGAAGAUGACGAAGAACGGGGAUAAACGUUCAAAGUACGGCACACAUACAGCGGCACAUCUUGCUUUGUGAACGGAGGAGGAAGAGCGAAGCAAGUCGGGUAACACAAACACACAUGUGCUCUCAUGCAUUUUUGGCUGUCGCGCGAAGCCGCCUAUACGCCAUAGUAUUUCAGAUAUAUUAGCUUUGAAGUAACGGAAGCUCUCGACAAGAUUAAUGAUUCAGAUAAUAUAUACUUUAACUUAUAGGUAACACGAGCACUCAUGUCGCAUUCGUCGAACGCGAUGAUUUUGCAGAACGACGAUCUUAGCCGAUUCCCUUGAGAUUAACAUUUAAUAACAUGGUAGAAAGACAAAUCGAAAAGAACUGACAAAUCGAUCUCUUUUAUGAAAAAAAAUAUAUAUACCUCGCGAGAAGUAUAUUUCGUGCAGCUGACUUGCACUUGAAUAAGAGAAUGUCUACUUUUUUAAAUAUGAGGAUUGUCCAGAAAGUAACACACAUUUGAUUAUUUAAGUUACAAAUUAUAUUUAAAUAUAAAAUCAAUAUAUACAAGUAAUACAAGUGAUACAACUCUCCUUAAUCUACUUCUCCACGUAGUCACUCAGACAUUGAAGCACUUGUAUCGACUAGUUUCAAGAUGCCUUCAUCGUAAAAGUCUAUCACCAAUCUAUUUAAUCAGUUGGCCAUUAUCUACGAUACGUUUCCCACUCAAAAACCUCUUCAGGUGAAUGAACAGGUGGUAGUCAUUCGAUACAAGUCAAGUGCCUCAGUGUCUUAGGUAUCUGCGCUCAAGGUCAGUUGUAUCACUUGUACAUAUUGAUUUUAUAUUUAAAUAAAAUUUGUGACUUAAAUAAUCAAACAUUGGACGACCCUCGUAUGUGCAGUAAUCUAAUUCUCAUGUUGUAAUGAUGUUUACCAGGGAUAUUUGAUUAUAUUUGUCAGCUUUAUAAUAAAUGUAAAUUCUUGUCUUGCAGGUACAAUAUUAUCGCGCUACUCCGUCGCUUCUGAAAUCAUCGCCUUCUCAGAACGUUAAUUGUUCAAUGAGAAUAAUUUUAUCACGCACGACCGACACACGAAAAUCAUUGCGAAAAGGUGCAACGUUUAACGAUGAAUUUGUAACACGAGAAAAAUUUUACGCUAUAACAUUAUAAUUAGGAUAACAUGUUCUCUCGUUUCUUCUACAAGGCAAUAUAUAGCGACAUUUUAAGGAAAUUAUGCAUAUAUGUACUGUAACGAAA